CUCCUCACUCACAGUAGAGCCUCACUCCUCUCUGAGAUCUCACCCUUCUUCCUUCUCUCUCACGGAUUAUUUUCUGUUAUAGUUGUUGUAGAAUAGAUUGCCUACAGUGUAAUUUGUUCCAAAAUGUAUCAGUUUGCUUGAUGAACUCGAGCACUCUUAGCUCAAAUCAGCUUCUUUGCAGUCACAAUCCCUGGGAUACUCCACUUUGCAGUCUUUUGGGUGAUCCAAAAGCGAAAUGAAUUGAAUACUGUCGAAGGCAGAUUGCUGAUAGUUGGAUGGGGGAGCUGGCAGCUGAGAAGCACGUCAACUAUAUCAUAUCGGUUGAAAAGAAGAAAGAUUCAUUUGAAUCGGUGGUGAUGGAGCAUUUGAGAAUGAAUGGGGCGUACUGGGGACUAACCACUCUUGACCUAUUGGGAAAGCUACAUGCCGUGGAUGUCGAUGAGGUUGUUUCGUGGAUCAUCAGCUGCCAGCACGAGUCAGGUGGUUUUGGCGGUAAUGUUGGGCAUGACCCACACAUAUUGUAUACCCUUAGUGCUGUUCAAGUUUUGGCCCUUCUUAACAAGCUUGGCGUUCUAGACAUAGAAAAGGUGUCAAAUUAUGUUGCUGGGCUGCAAAAUGAAGACGGAUCAUUUUCUGGGGAUGAGUGGGGUGAAGUCGAUACUCGAUUUUCUUAUAUCGCCAUAUGCUGCCUCUCAUUAUUGCAUCGCUUGGAUAAAAUCAAUGUAGAGAAGGCUGUGAAGUACAUAGUCAGUUGCAAAAAUCUCGAUGGUGGAUUUGGAAGCACACCUGGUGGGGAAUCUCAUGCAGGGCAAAUUUUCUGCUGUGUUGGUGCUCUUGCUAUUAUGGGGUCUCUGCACCAUGUCGACAGGGACCUUCUUGGAUGGUGGUUAUCUGAGCGGCAAGUCAAAUCUGGAGGUCUUAAUGGACGCCCAGAGAAACUUCCUGAUGUCUGCUAUUCAUGGUGGGUUCUUUCUAGCUUGAUCAUGAUUGACAGAGUGCAUUGGAUCAAUAAGGAAAAGCUUGUUAAGUUUAUCUUGGACUGCCAGGACACUGAAAAUGGAGGAAUCUCAGACAGACCAGAUGAUGCAGUUGAUGUUUACCACACAUACUUUGGUGUAGCUGGACUUUCUCUUCUUGAAUAUCCGGGAGUGAAAGCCAUAGACCCAGCUUAUGCUUUGCCAGUUGAUGUUGUGAACAGAAUCUUCUUGCAUACAUAAUGAUCCUUUUCUGUCCAUAUUGCUUUCUAACCUUCUGAUGACAAAUUGAACUUGUAGAAAAGACCGAAUAAAGAUGUAAUCUUGACAGCAUUUGGCUUGUGUUGAAAAGGACAAAAAAAUUUGCAACAAGAAAAGAAACUUCAAAGCUAGUG